AUAACAAACAGAAAAGGCUAACAAAUUGGGGUGAAAGUCCCCUCGAGCACUGUAUUAAAACAUCUCCCUCAAAGCAUCUGCCAGUUAGAAGACAUCAGCAUUCGUUGUGUAUCGUGUAUUGCAUUCAUUGAUACAGCCAUGCUUAUGAGCACAUUAUGGAGUGCCUUUGGCUCACUAAUGGGUCUGUUUUAUGCUGGGAUGCAGGUCAUGGUGCCAUGUCUUCCUCCAGCCCCUCUCUCCAUUUCUCGUUUGAAUACUGAUGAGUAUAUGGGCUCUUGGCAUUUUGUGGCAGUAUCUGUAUGGGAUGAAGAUGAUCUUAAGCACUUCAAGACCACCGACCACGCUAUUCUUCACAUCCAGAAAGGCGAUAACGACACCCUGACGGUGACUGAGUCCUCCAACAUUGCAAAUCACUGUCAUAAACAUACUUGGACCUACAAUACUUUGUCUAUGAUGGACCCUUUCCUGUUUAGAAGUGAUUUUGAUGCUAUUGCACUGGUCUGGGAUGGCAAGUUCGUAAACUGCCCUUCAUGUAUCAUUAUACUGUUAGUGGGAGAAGACGAGGAAAUAAGUGCUAUGUUAUUCGCUCGUGAUGAAAAAACACCUGAUGAAGUGAUACAGGGAUUUAAGUCAAAAAUGGAGUGUGUAUAUAUGGAAGAUUUCUACAAGGUACCUCAGCAAAAAGCUCAAUGUAAAAUUUGAGGAGGCAGCUUAAAACACAGGGGUCACGGACAGCUGCAGAGAUCUACAUACUCCAGAUCUACAAUAAAUUACUGCCUUGAUGGAUAUUAGGAUUCACUGUUACUGGUGAUCUAUUAAUUGCAUUUUCUGAUUUGAUGUAUUUUUCUGAAUGAGAUUUCUUCAAAAUAAAUAAAAGCAAUAUUUCAAUGAAA